AUGAAAGCAGUUCAAUGGGAUCCGGUCAAGAAUCAGCAAAAGGUCGUAGUCAACACGGUCUCAAAACCGACUCCGGGUCCCGGCGAAUUUUUAAUCAAGCUUGCAUCGGCAAGUCUGUGCCACUCGGAUCUCAUGUCUAUUGCCAUUCCAGGCCGGAAGGAACCAAUUACACUGGGCCACGAGGGCGCGGGUUAUAUUGAAGCGAUCGGAUCAGCCGCUGGAGGCAAAGGCUUCAAAGAUGGCGAUGCGGUCGGCUUCCUCUACGUGCAAGGCGGCUGCUUCGAGUGUAAGGGCUGUCUACAACAUAACAACCACUGCGUCCGGAGCCCCGGCCAAACAAACGGCUUCACCAUUCCCGGUUUCUUCGCCGAGUACAAUGUAGUCGACUGGCAGAACUGCAUCGUGCUUCCCCCUUCUAUCGAUGUCAAAACGGCAUCGCCUAUUUUCUGUGCGGGCAUUACAUCUUUUCACUGCGUACGGUCGUGCGAGCUGAACCCCAACGACUGGAUUGUUGUCAUCGGGUGUGGAGGUCUCGGCCAGCUUGCUGUUCAGUACGCUAAGGCCAUGGAGGUACGGGUGAUCGGCCUGGACAUCAACGACGAUACACUGGCCAACGCCAGGGCUCGGGGUGCUGACUACGUCUUCAACUCGCGCACUGACGCAAAUUACAAGGACAAGAUCAUCAAGAUUACCGAAGGUGGAGCGCAGUCGGUCGCCGUGUUCAGCGCAGCCGAGGCUGCAUACGAUUCGGCGCCUCCGCUGGUGGAGGUGGGCGGCAUUAUCAUGGUGGUAGGUCUACCCAAGAACGGUAUUUGCUUCGAUGCCCUCGAUAUUGUCACUGGUCGGUACCGUGUCAAGGGCGACAGCACGGGUACGCCACAACGAAUGCCCGAGGCAAUUGAUUUUAUCGUGAAGCACGGCAUCAAGCCUGCAAUGGAGCUGCAUGAUUCCCUCGACGAUGUGCCCAAUAUGAUUGAACGCAUGAUAGCUGGAAAAAGUACGAAGAAGAUGGUCGUGUGUUUAUAA